CCGGAGCCAAGGACAGGGACGGAGACGGGGACGGGAGCCGCCCAGAGACACCGCCGGUCGGGGCUCCCUCACACGCGGGUCCGAGGCCGGGGACUGGGACUGGGGCAGCGCCGCGGCCGCUGAUGGUUUUCCUCACGCUCUCCCGCUGGAUCCGGAACCGCGGGCCCGACCGUUACUGGCGGGUUCAGGAGGUGCUGCAGCACGCACGGCAUUUCCGGGGGCGCAAGAAUCGAUGCUACAGCCUGGCGGUGAGGGCCGUGCGGCGAGCGUUCCUCUACUCCACUAAGGCCAGGAAGCACAAGAAGUGGAACAUGAGGACGCUCUGGAUAAGCAGAAUAGCAGCAGCAACCCGUGAACAUGGGCUGAAGUAUCCAAUGCUGAUAUGUAAUUUGAUUAAGAGCCAAGUGGAACUAAACCGCAAGGUCCUGGCGGAUCUGUCCGUGUACGAGCCGAAGACGUUCAAGUCCCUGGCUGCACUGGCAAAGCAAAGGCGGGAAGAAGGCUUCCGCGACGCGCUGGGCAACGGCGGGGAACCCACGGGGGUGUUUUCACGCAUGGUGCACCGUGACUGAUGGAAUGAACUCUGAUAACUACUGUGAAUAAUGUUCAUCUGCUUUGUGACUGACAGUUUUACAAAACAGUCACCACAGAUGUUCUACAAAUCAGUCCCAAAAAUGUCUGGCAAUGCUGCGUAGAUUUUGACAAAAAAAUGAUUAUGUGAAUCACAGAAUGAUUGUGUGAAAUUCUUCAAGGUUGGUUCAAUCAGUAAAAUGUGUGGGACCGCAGAGAAA